AUGUCGAACGAAGGAGAAAGUACGUCGGCCUUCGAUUUCUCACGUUUGGCAGAAAGUUUGAAAGGAGAACUGGGGCGCCUUAUGGAUCAAAAAUUUGAGGCCAUGAAUGAACGACUUGGCAGGUUGGAGGAGUUCCAAAGUAGCUCUAGACGAAGUCACCAAAACCCAAGGAGCCGUGAUAGACCUGCACUUGAACUUCAUGACUCUAACUCUGAGUGUGAAUUUGACUAUGAGCCAAGGAAACCGAGGAGAGAUACUGGACCUGUGGAGGAUGAAAUAAAAGGGAUUAAACUUAAAAUCCCUUCCUUCCAAGGCAAGUCGGAUCCCGAAGCAUACCUAGAUUGGGAGAGGAGGAUUGAACUGAUUUUCGAUUGUAACCAUUACACGGAGUCUCAAAAGGUGAAGUUGGCAGCCCUUGAAUUUACGGAUUAUGCCUCUAUUUGGUGGGAUCAACUUCGCAUCAAACAAAGAAGGGAGGAAGAGCCAAUUAUCCGAACAUGGGAAGAACUCAAAAGGAUCAUGAGGAAGCGCUUCAUACCAGCGUAUUACCACAGGGAUUUGCACCAUAAAUUGCAAACUCUCACCCAAGGAAGUUUGACAGUUGAGGAUUACUUCAAGGAGAUGGAGAUGGCCAUGCUACGGGCUGAUGUUCGGGAGGAUAUAGAAGCAACCGUGGCACGUUUCUUGAGAGGACUACACGCUGAAAUUGCAGAUGUUGUGGAGCUCCAACAUUAUCUUGACAUGGAUGAAUUAUUGGACAAAGCCGUCAAGGUGGAAAGGAGGCUCAAGAGGAGGGGUAUUCCUCACCAAAGCUCCAGCGUCCAAUCUGGAAAUUGGAGACCUCCACCGUACAAAGGCGAGCUUACCCACACGAGCGAACAAAAGUCAGCCAGGGCAAGUGGGGUUUCGAAUGGAGCAUGGGUGGCUGGUUCGUCAUCUUCAAAACCGAUCCAAAGGGCCGAAUUUAAGGCAGAUCUAGGGGCAUCUAAACCUAGAAACCGUGACACUAAGUGCUUUAAGUGUCAAGGUUUUGGUCACAUCGCGUCCCAAUGCCCAAACCGAAGGGCCAUGCUCAUGCUUCCAAGUGGUGAAGUGCUAACGGAUGAGGAGGAUGAGUAUGAAGGCAUGCCACCAUUGGUUGAGAAAGAAGAGAUAAUUGCCCCUGACCAACCAGUUGGACUAGGCCUUGUCACAAGGUUGGCAUUGAGUGCUCAACGCACAAAUGAAGAAGAGCAGCGUACCAACAUCUUCUACACCCGAUGUCUAGUUAACGGGAAAGUGUGUAGCUUGAUUAUCGACGGGGGAAGUUGUACCAAUGUCGCCAGUGCCUUAUUUGUCAAGAAGUUACACUUACCUGUCCAAGAUCACCCUACACCAUAUAAGCUUCAAUGGUUUAGUGAUUGCGGCGAAGUGCGAGUGUCCAAGCAGGUUUCUGUGAAGUUUAACAUUGGGAGAUAUGAGGAUGAGUUGGUGUGUGACGUGGUUCCUAUGCAAGCUGCCCAUCUUAUUCUUGGAAGACCUCGGCAAUUUGAUCGCGAGGUUACUUAUGAAGGUCAUUCCAACAAAUACUCGUUCAUGCAUAAAGGGACAAGGGUCAUACUUGUUCCACUCUUACCUACACAAGUUCGAGAGGACCAAAAUGUUUUACAGAGGGAAUGGGAGUUGGAUCGAUUAGAAGGUUGUACGUGGUCAGAUAUCCUUCCUCUUGCAGUGUGCAAUACCCGCAACCAUCGGACAACCAGCUGA